AUAAUAAAAUUAAAAUUUCAAAACGUGUAAUUUCUUUUUCUUCCCACUAAAAUAAAAUUUCCAUGAAUGGGAAAUGAAGAAAAUGAGAAAAACUUUGAUCAAAAAAUGAAGAAGUGAAAUUGAAUAAAACAAUUCCCUCCCUAUAACCGCCGAACCACCGUACACGGAGGAAACCACCGUUCACCAGAUCUCACCAUGAACGAUUUCGACGGUUUAUUAGAUACCGAUUUCAGAUUGAAGCAACAAGGCAAAUCGGCACCAAUGUCAUCCAAAGAAUCUUCCAAUUUCACCAAAACUUCUUCUCCAAAAUUCGAUUCAAGUUCCCGAUCCACUCGUUCUUCUAAUCAAGAUUCAGCUCCAUUCUCCGAUCUCUACAAUUUCGAUUCCAUCUCUCGCAGCAACUCCAGUUUCGCUUCAAAGUCCGUUAACUCGCCUGUCUACGAUAAACCUGUUUACGACGACGACAUUUCUAACCGAAGCGCCACCGCAUUUGAUGACAUUCUCGGUGGAUUCGGUGAUUCAAAGAAAACGGUGAAGAAUGAGAAGAACGUUGGUGAUUUUGAUGAUUUGAUCGGUGGAUUUGGGAACAGUAAGCCCUCCCAUCAAAGGCCCACUCCUGAUAUUGGUUCAUUAUCAGGAUCUACUUUCAGUGCAUCUAAAACAACCUCCAAUGCAACAGAAGACCCUUUCAAAAUAUUUGAAUCAACUUCUGCUCCAACUGGUUCACCCUCAGGCCACUUUACAGAUCCAUUGGAAGAAAUUAGUAAAUUUACUAGUUCUAGAAGCACAAAAAAUGACAGUUCAUCAAAUUCUAAUGGAGUAUACGAUGAUACUGAUCCCUUUGAUGGACUUGGAAAUUCAUCUGAUUCUAACAAACCAGUAGUUGGCCAAAGGCCUACUUCCCCUUCUUAUGUCAAUGAUGGUUUUGGUCACGUCAAUUCUCAGGCAGAUAUGUCUCCAAAAUAUGAAGAAAAGUUGGUAUCAGAUGAUGAUAUAUGGCUAACGGUAUCGGAGAUUCCUCUUUUUACACAACCAACUGCUGCUCCACCACCUUCAAGACCACCUCCUCCUCGACCGGUACACAUCCCCAAGUCAGGAACAGGUUCACCGGUUUUUGCCAAUGUCAGGAAGAAUGACCAUGAAUUUUCUUCUUUCCCAACUUCGACUCGAUUUUCUCAAGGUCCUAAAUCUGCUCCUGCUGCAGCCAAGUUAUCUUCUACAUCAGAGUUUGAUGAACUUGAAGAUUUUGCCAUGGGUAGGAGUCAUGGUGAUGGUGAUGAACGUGAAAAUGGUGUUCCUAAUGAAGAAUUAGGGAUGAACUCAGCUGCUGCAGCUAUGAAGGAGGCUAUGGAGAGAGCUGAAGCUAAAUUUCAGCAUGCAAAGGAAGUUAGGGGGAGAGAGGAUACAAAACCUUCUCGAAGCAAAGAACCCGUACAUUUGGAGAAAGAUGAUAGAGCUGUGGCAGAGGAGAGAGACAAGUUAAACCACGAGCAGCAGCAAAAGGAGAUGGAGGAAAUGGAGCAAAGAAGAAUUGAGAGGGAAAAGGAGGAGAAAGAAAGAGAACAACAGAGACUUGAGAGGGAAAGAGAAAAAGCAAGACAGGCUGUGGAAAGAGCUACUAGAGAAGCACGUGAAAGAGCAGCUGCUGUAGCUCGCCAAAGAGCUGAGAAGGCUGCUGUUGAGAAAGCUAAUGCAGAAGCUAGAGUGCGUGCUGAAAGGGCUGCUGUUCAGAGGGCACAAACUGAAGCUCGUGAAAGGGCUGCUGCUGAGGCAAAGGAAAGGGCUGAAAAGGCUGCUGCAGGGGCAAAGGGGAGAGAAGCGCGAGAAAGAGAUGCAGCUGCAAGGACUGAAGCUGAAGCACGAGUUAAAGCAGAACGUGCUGCCGUAGAAAGGGCUGCUGCGGAGGCCCGAGAAAGAGCUGCAGCUGCUGCAAGAAUGUACCAGCAAAAAAAUGAAAACGAUCUUGAAUCAUUCUUCAGCAUGAGCGGAAGGGCCAACAGUGCUCCAAGGCCUCCUAGGUCUAGCUCUUCUGAUUCAGUUUUUGAUGCCCAAUUUCAGCCUGAUGUAAACCGGAAAUCUACAAGCGCGUCUUCAAACAUAAAGAAGGCAUCAUCAUCAAGUAAUUUUGAUGAUCUUUCCUCAAUUUUCGGAGCUUCUCCCUCAGCUGGAGAAUUUCAGCAUGUUGAAGGGGAAAGUGAAGAAAGACGAAAAGCCAGGUUGGAACGCCUUCAGAGGGCGCAGGAGCGUGCGACAAAAGCAUUGGCUGAAAAGAAUGAACGGGACCUACAGAUUCAAAGAGAACAGGCUGAGAGACAUAGGCUUGCUGAAACACUGGAUUUUGAAGUUAAGCGCUGGGCUGCAGGAAAAGAAGGGAACUUACGUGCUUUACUCUCCACCUUACAAUAUGUAUUAUGGCCUGAAUGUGGUUGGCAGCCAGUUUCUUUGACUGAUCUUAUUACAGCCGCUACUGUUAAAAAGGCUUAUAGGAAAGCUACACUGUGCAUUCAUCCUGAUAAAGUGCAGCAGAAAGGUGCCACUCUUCAACAGAAAUAUAUUGCAGAGAAGGUUUUUGAUCUACUAAAGGAAGCAUGGAAUAAGUUCAACUCAGAGGAGCUUUUUUAAUCUCUGAUGAACUUCACAACUCCAAGGUAAUUUGUACUUUUGCACAGCCGAUUCCAUUUGAGGGGGACAACAGCGUUAUUUCAGCUACCUCCUCCAUUACCUAAUUAUUUCGAUGUUGCAUCGAUGGUGAAAAAUUGAUUUCCUUGUUUGGUGUGAGGAUGCCCGAAGGUUACACCGUGGAGUAAUCUUUGGUGUAAUAUAUGCUAUUCUGGGGAAGUUGGGUUUAUAUGGAUGCUUAAGAAUGUUGCAUAUAUUGUUGUAAAAUAUCAUUUUGUGGGCAUCUAUGUCAAUUUAAUUCAUUAUUUCUGUCAAGUGAAAAAUUCAUGACCGUUUUUCCCCUUUCCUUUCAAUUUUAUUAUCUGUGUAUUUGUUAUAUAGUAAUCUGAAUGCAUAUUAUACCCUCUUGUGAAUUGCCAUUAAAAUGUGGCAUGGUAACGUUCUAGUGUAAUUGAGCUGAAGUUUCAUGGA